GAAUCGGGCCAGUAGCGCAAACCCUAAUCUACCCAACCCUCCGCCACUGCCGGCGUCGGCGCAGCAGCCGCCGCGGCCGAAAUGGAACCCCGCCGCGGCCGAAAUGGAACCCCGCCGCGGCUGGGAGCAGGGGUUCCUCCCGCGUCUGCUGGAAGCCUGUACCGCCCCCCUCACGCCCGUGGCAUCGUUCCAGAUGCGUCUGAUGGCUGGAGGUCUUCUACACCAGAUGCGGGAAGCCAGCACCGCCCCUCUCCCGCCCGUGGAGUCCGUAAAGGUCAAUCUGGUGACUGGAGAUCCUCCACAAUGCACCGGUCCCCUGCCGCCCCUGGUGCGGGGAGGUCGUCUACAUCAGGUACCGUACCCACUACGUUCGGCAAGACCAGCUUCAAGGAGGAUUCAGCACCUGAUCUAAUGCUAUCCCCAAAGGAUCUUGAAGAAAGCAUGUCGGUCAUCUGGGAAGCGAUGCAAGAUGGUGAACCUUCAUGCGGCCCCUCAACACCCUCCCCACCUCGUGAACCCUCCCUUCCCCGUGAAACAAGGCCAAGGGCACCAAUGUCGGCAAGCCCACCAAGGUGGGGAAGGAGGUCGUCAAAUACUUGUAGAAACAGGGUUCGUGACAGUCGAGAACCAAGGAAAAGCCAGCCAGAGCCUGUAAAGGAAGACCAGAUAGACAUUGAACAGUGCAAAAGAUCCUUCAGAUCCUUCCUGGAUAAGUUCUGUGUUGAAUUGGCAAAUCAGAUGUGGGAGAAAAAGUCCUUCAGCUUGUUGGUUGAUUUUGAUGAAAUGAAGAGGGUCAACAGAAACCUGUGUUACGAUAUUACAAACAACUAUGAGAAGGUGAAGAGUUCUUUGUCUACUGCUGCGAAAGAAUUUUUGCUUGACCAAUUCAGCUCGAAAGCAACUGAUGGAAGGUUCCCGUCAAACGAAAUGCUAGCCGAUAGUGUUGAAGGUUUCACAACAGUAUCUUUUAGCAGGAUGCCCAAGAGCAUAAUGUCACUCGAGGAUCUCCUGAAGAGGCAUAAAACUACAACCCGUUACCUCUUCAAUCGCCACCGCAAAUGCAGACACCUCAUUGCUGUAUUUGCACCCGUCGCAAGAGAUGUUUUGAGGAGAGUUGUGUGCUACAUCACAAAACAUCACAUGGAUGGAUUUGCUUGGGAUGGCAAAUGGGAACUUUCCGAUUGGGAUGUGAUAGAUGGUGACUGCGUGGAAUUGGUACCAGCACCAGUGAGGCUUGAAGGCCGAAGCAUGUCUGAUUCGGAUCUGGAAGCAAUUGCAAAGAAGAUUAUCCGGAAGCUCACUAGCAAUGGUGAGGCUGAUGGGAUCUUUCCGGCUUACCUGGAGCAUCUGUAUGCUCAGUUACAGAAAACUGAAAUGGCUUCCAUAGAAGCUGCUGAUUUCAAUAAGUGGUUUUAUGAGUUCCUGCAGUUUCAUCCUUCGCUCAUGUCAUCAAGAGCAAGAAAAGCUCUAAUCAAAGGUCUGUAUGAAAUUGCUGUGAACUUGGACUACAUGAGCGAAGAAGAUUAUGCUGACAUCUUUGGCAACAACACCUUUGUCGGAGGCUGGUAUGCCUUUAUCUAUAAUGGAUCCAAGAAUGUUCAUCCAAUCCUAUGGAGUUGCUUUUGGGGCAAAAAGUUUCCUGAUGAGAAAAUUGAGAAGACAAAAUGGGCAAAAGAAUGGAAACACCCAUAUCAAGAAACAACAGGCGGUCUUCUAAAAUUGGUUCGCCAUAUAUUGGUGCACACUGACCGCGCAACUAGAAGAUUUUGGGAACAGUAUAUGAAGCAUGCCUGUGAGCCGGAGCUCUUUGUGGCUGCUAACUACAAGUUGUUUUUUCCAGAGUUCAUCAAGCUUAUCUUCAGGAAGAAGAAAAUGGUUGGAGAGUUUGCUACUGAGUGGGGAUUUUACAAGUCAACAAAAAGUUUUGUGGCUCAGGAGUUGCCUCUUGGAACUAAUUGUUCUGGCAGUGGAGUUCUGCCGUUUUGAGGUGCAUUAGGAGUGAAACUAACAUAGCAAUCAGUUUGUGCUUUUCCGAGGGAGACGGGAGUGUCUCCAUGUGGAGAAGCCUUUUUACAGCGUUUCAUGCUUUGACUGGUUGCUGGAACUCUAGUAUGCAAUUAAAACUGCUGUUAGUAGAAGUGAAUUAAACCUGCUGUUCCGGUGUUUUAUGACGUUAUCUGGCAUGUGUGGAGAAGCCAUUUGGUUUUUUUCGACUGUUUCAUAGUCUAGGAUGUAAUUGAAGCUGCUUUUCAGGCGGCUUGUGACGCCCUGAGAAUUUUAGUAUUACGUACCACCUCUCUCCACUGAAGGAUGCUCAAAUGGAAUUUAGCUUGUGAAGCCAUUGAUGUAAGAAUAAUGAAUUGAACUUAAGGACUUGCUUUGACUCUUAA